CGAUAAUCUUUGAGCUUCCUUUUGUAAGCCUAUUUUCAAUGUGAUAUUGUAGAUUAGUAGCUCACUGAGCUUUGUUUUUCCACCAUUAGGUACUGAAUAAAAAUAGUCUCCCACUUGCAAUACAACUCCAUAAUUAUAAUUAUGUCCAUGGUAGGACUCUAAUUUAUGGACGAGACAAUCAGAAACGUUUAAGGAAUUUCAAGGUCAUGUCCAUAUAUGGACAAAAUCUGAACGACUAGGUCAACAGCUCUGUAGAACUUUCCUAAUUUCAGCAUUUCUGCAUCCGUGGCACAGAUAUGCUCUUUUUCUUCUCGAUUUAGAGAACUGGAAAACUAGUGAGUCACCGUCUCAACUGCAGUUGUAUCCAAAAAGCAAAGGCAAGGUUUAGUUGUGAUGACGUUAGAUUCAAUGAACUUGACAAGUAUUGCUUCAUGCACCUUGAUCUGAGCCAUAUUGUGUGCAUUAUUCGUAGCGGUACUGCGAACCGAUUAAAUGUUUGGGAGAUAUUUCCUACCCAUGGAAUCAUACAAAGGUGAAGUCAUAACUCUUCAAGCGGGUCCUUUAGCGAACCGAGUCUGUGCUCAUUUUUGGAACUUGCAAGAAUAUGGAUUUUUCAAUAAAUCAAGAACUAACGAAUGUGAGUUUCCUUUCACGUAUAAAGUUCUGUUUGAUGAUAGUACACGCGAACCAAAACCACAUGUGUUAGCCAUUGAUAUACGCGAAGUUGUUGAUUUCGGAAGUGAACUUGAUCCUGAUUUAAUCCCUACUCCACUCGACAUUCCUUCUUGGAACAGUCAAGUGGAUAAAGUUGUGCGUUGCCCAUCUACAUCGACCAAAAAUAAUUAUCAUUGUAAUUGGACCAACUGUUUGUCUCCUCUUGCUCGACGAAUAUGGUCUCGUAAUGAUACUGUUCUAAAGCUGCCAUUAUCAUUACAACCUACUCCUGACGAGUCUUCUGUUAAUGGAAAUCAUCAAUCAGAUUCUAUCCUUAGCCUUUCUACAUUUACUGAGGGACAAAAUGUAUUUCGUUCUGGAGGCAAGGUGGCUGACGAAUUUGAUGAUCGUAUCCGUCGUAUUUCAGAGCGUUGUUCUUUUCCAAACAGCUUCCAACUGGUUGUAGAUGCUGAAGAUGGCUUCACUGGUAUUGGUUCCCAGCUUUUAGAAAAUAUCAGCGAAGAAUUUCCAAAGGCGUUCUUUUUUUCGGUUCCUGUUUAUAAUUCAUCAGUUGUAUCACGUAUGGAUGCGCGUUUGAAGAAGCUGACCGUCGUAAAUCAGUUGUGCUUAUUAAAUAUAUUGGAAUAUGGGGAUCUUCUAAGUCAUGCAUGUUGGUUACCUAUAGAUGCAUCACAGUUAUAUGAUCAUCCUCAUCCCUGUAAAAAAAUGAGUGUCUUAGCCUCUGUUAUUGAUACAGUUACAACCCCUUCAAAGUUGGCGAUUGAAUAUGGUGGUAUGAGUCUAGAUAACUUUUUGUCUGUGACAUGUUUUGCACAAGGUAGAAAGAUGCUCACUGUACAAACUGGAGUUAAUUGUAAUGGAAUGGUAGAUAAUCAUUUAUCAUGGUAUAAUCUUAAUCCUUAUUACAAUCAAGGUAAAAUAAUAGCUGGUAAAAAUGUACCAUCUGAAGCUGUAUUAUGUCGUCAGUUAAUGUCUCGAGGAAUUAAACAUUCUACUCUUUUAAAUGACAUAUGGAAUAUGUUCAGUCGAACAGUUGAUUCACAUAAAACUGUUAACAAUUCACCAAUUGACAUAGAUAUUCCAUAUUUAUGCUCAUUAGAAUCAAUUCAUUCAGUUUAUUCAUUACCAAACUAUCCAUUACAGACUGGUAUUAUUAAACAAACUAUGUUAUCAUCAUUGUCAACGUAUUGUCAACAGUAUACAAAUACACAUAUGUCAUGUGUUGUUGAUGUUCCAAGUACUAAUUCAUAUGAAGCAAAAAUGUUUGAAAAGCUUGUAAAAUCUUUAUUAUUGCAUAAAUCUCAUCCACUAGACAAUUAUAUGGAAUUGGAGACAUGGAAUGAUUUUUUAGAGUCUGUUCAAACACGUUUAGUUGAUUCGUAUUUGAAUGAAUGAAAUUAACUUCUAUAACGUUUGUAUAAAGGAAAUUAUAUAUUUCAAAGAUUUUUAGAUUUCUGCAUUUAAUUCCUCUUGUAUAUUAUUUUCUCUGUAUCACUUAGCUUUGAUUUGUAUGUUGGCAUUUAAAAAUCAGUGUUACAUUCUGUUCCGUUGAGUAUUGAUUUAUCAUAAAUUGUAUUCUAGUUCUGCUUUUUAUUUAUUGUAAAGCAUCUUACUUUUUAGUGAUCAUCAAUUUGUAGGUGUUUCUUUGUCGUUGAUUCAAUGAACUGUGCUGGUGGCUUUAACAUUCUUUGUAUUUUCAUAACGUAUUAACUAUUUUCUGUUUUACAAUAGGACUAAUCAUGUGUUAAUUCUUGUAAUAUCACUUUUUCAUUAUUCUAUCAACAGAACUGAAAGAAUGUAAUUGAUUGAGUAUAAUAGUUAUCUUUAAUUAAUAUUGGCCAAAGAAUAGUCCAAGAUCGGGAAUUAGUGUUUAACUAUUUUGUUUUACUUUUAAGCUGUUUGUGUACGGGUUCUCAGUCAGCUACAGAAUAGGAUUCAUGCAUUCAUUGUGUUGGUAUUCAUGUGUCUGAAUUCCAACUAUUCGCGGAUAUGAUUUGACCGUAAUAUAAUGCUACCAGUAAACAUACACUAUCUGACUAAGGAAAAACAGUUUAUGUUAAGAGUGUAGUAUAGAGCGGAUAAGUUUUCUAAGUUCAUACGCCGUCUGGAUUUUUAAUAACGGUUAUCAUGGCAAAUAAUAUACGAAGCCUAAGAAAUUAUCCCACAGCUAAUCCACUACAGUCCUUUGGAUGUCUCUGGUGACCGUAAUUCAUUGGCACUCAUACUAUAUAGAACCGGUUACGUCACUACUCUAUCAAGAACUGAUUUGGCAAACUUUUUCAGUGCCUAUAAUGUCGGUGUUCCUUUCACAUAUAGAAAGACUUGAAAAUUGUUGCACUACGUUUUCCGAGUAUAUUUGAUCAUACUUGGGUACGCUACAUGGUAGAUCGGUUGAUAAGAUUGUGACUCUAUCGACUGAGUUACGUUGGUAAAUGCUGGCUUCAGAUUCUAGGUGACAUACCUCGAAAUCGGUCACAAUCGCAUAGAUUCAUUUACUUUGUCUUCCGUUGAUCCUGAUUUCCAAAAUUAUAUACUUUUUAUUUUGCGAACUCAUUUUUCUAGAAUCAUAUCUCUUAUCCUUAGUAUUUUUUGCCAUCACUGAUACUUCCAUUAGCUUGAUAUUCAUCUGGCUAAUUUCAUGUAACUAUGUUGUUGCAUUGUAGGAAUUUGAACCUUUUCUCAUACUUAAUUGUUUCUAUUUUAUUUAUGACUGACUUACAGAUGCACAUAAUGAUCAUGAAAAUCUGCAGUUCUCUCAGAUUUUGGUUACAUGAAAAUUUAGAAAUUUUUAAUACUUCAAUGUAACUAACCGAAAUAUCAAAAAAGGUACCCAAAAAGUAAUGAAAUAGAUGAUCAACUUUUUGUUUCAAUGGAUAAACUAGUUUUAGUACAACCGGAUGUUUUCUGUUAAUCAUUGGCAAAUUUUAUACAUAUUUCAUCAUUGAAUUUGGCUGUUUCAUUGAAAACGGUUGAUUUUUAUUGUUAUGAUAAUGAAUGUAUGAAUAAAUGACUGAUAUUAUCUGUGAUUCCAUAG